UAUCGAAAUGCCACCGAAAAAGGGCAAAGGUAAAGGCAAAAAGAAAAAGGAGGUCGUAUUGCCAAUACCGGAGCCACAAAUUCAGCUGUCUGAAAUUUCGAUUCGUGAACGUGAAUUGGAUUUGCUGGAGGACUUAAAUGAUGACUUUUUCGCCACAGCCAAUCAGACCAUACAAAAGCUCAUGGAAGCGAGCCGCGUUUAUGAAGCUUCAAAAAUGAAAAAAUAUGUGGAUAUAGUGUUCAAUUUACAUCGCCAUUACGCCGAAGAGGUGAAGGAGACGUCUGUUCUACGGCCGCAAGUGAUACGCGCAGAGAACAAAUUACGCUUGGCUUUGGAGCUGACUGCCAACUCAGAAGAGGCAAUGGAACGACUUAGGGAGGCGCUAAGUAAGGCUUGGAUGGAGAGCGAUGCUUCGUUAUUGCGAGAACAGGAUACACAAGAGCGCUUGCAGGAAGUUAUGAUUAAAUGUGAAGGAUUAGAGAGUAAGGAAGUAAAGAAACAGGAUGAUACAUCAGAAUUUGGCCAUUUAGCUAAGUAUAAAAAUAUAAUUUUACGCGAACGCGAUCGUCUCAAUGGUGAAGUGAUUGAUCUGGAGAAACGUUUGCAAUUCCAAAGAUACUACUCCGAAUCACUCGAGUAUAUUAAUAAGAAUAACGAAGAGAGUAUGUCGAAAUUGAAUGCAAAUUUACGUAUGCUUGAGACAGAGAAGGGCAAUUUCGAAAUAAAAAUACGUAGUUUACAAAAUAAUCUUGACGAUCAGAAGGAGAUCAAUACGCGUACGGCUCUGAAGAUGGAGUCUGUAAAUCGCGAGUUGACCGAAACGCAAAAGAAGCUGGCGAAGAAAAUAGCUGAUUACGAUCAGCAGAAGCACAUCUUGGAGAAACUGCGCAAUGAUAAUGCGAUCAAUACCAGACAACUGCUGAAAAAUGAUGAAGAGAUCACCGAACUACGUAAGGAUCAACGCGACAAUGACGAAAUAAUACGCACGCUGCGUUUGGAGGAUAAAGUAAAAGCUAAUACGAUCGGCCAAUUAACCAAGAAAUAUAAAAAGACGCUGCAAGAUCACAGCUCUAUCUCAUCAAAGCUGUAUAAAUUGAAUCGGUUGAAUCAUACACUGGGCGAGGAUAUCUCACGUUUAAAAAACCAAAUUAAUGCAUUGGAAAAAGAUCUGCUCAAUUCCACGUACAAGUUCGACGAGCUACGUCGUGUGAAGGAGAACUUGCAACACGAGCGUGAAGCCUUGCGCAGUGAGAUCAUUAAAUUGAACAAUCAGAUAGCCGAUCUUAAACACACGAUCAUGAUGCAAACAAUCAACAUUGAUGGCUUACAGCUCGAUAUAAAUAAGUUGAAUGUGAAGCUCGAUGAAGCGCGUAUAAAUGUAUCGAAAUCGGAGAAAGAGCGCGACGAAAUGGCUCAAGAGGUAGAGACAUUGCACGAGCGCAUCGAAUAUCAACAGGAACAAAUUCAGCUAAAAUCGAAUCAAGUAACGGAUUUGAGUGAAAAACUACAACAAAAGCACGUCUCCUUGAUCAACGUCAAAAAACAAUUGGAAGUGGCGCACUCAGAGAAAAUGAUUCUCAGACGAAAUUUGGAAACAUGUACGCAGGAGCGUGAUAACUUCCGGAUUCUACAAACGAAAACCAAUCAUCAAACUCAACAACUCACUGCAGAAAUUAUGUCGAAUCAAAACAAGAUCUCCAAUCUCAAUCUGCAAAUAGAGCGCUUGAACAACGAUAAAAAGGAGCUGCAGAGUGAGUUGAAAAAUAAAGAGAACCUCUUGGCUAGCGUACGUCGGGAUUUGCGUGAAAUGAAAACGAAAAACGAGAAUCUACACAAGACCAUACACGACGAUGAGCUGAAGUUCAUGAAAAUGUCAAAUGAUCUCGAUGAGACGCGCAAAGAGAAAAAUCUAAUUGGUCUACAGAUGGUGCGACGCAACGAUGAGAUUGUAGUGCUACGCGAUAAGCUCAACAAUACGCAAACAGCGCUGGAUCAAGGACAAACACAGUACAAUCAGCGCGUCGAAGAUAUACGCCUGCUGAAAAUGGAAAUAACUAACUUGCAAACGGAGCGUGACUGCUUGACGCGCGCCAUUAGGAGCACAGCUGAUAUGCGUGAAGAGAUCAUAAGAUUGCAGCGCUCUUUGAAUCAGGAACGCAUCAAGGUACGUUCGUUGACAGAGGAUGCGAAGACGCCGACUGGUGUGCAUCGUUGGCGCAUACUCAAGGGAGAAGAUCCAAAUCGUUAUCAGUUGCUGGAGAAAGUGCAGAUGUUGCAAAGACGUAAUCUCAAACAAGAGAUACAAAAAGAGAAGUUACAGCAGAAGCUAGAAGAGUCCCAUCGUGUCUGUGAUACGCUGAAGCGAGUUGUGGAGAAUCUACCAACAACAGAUGUAAAACAGAAGCUUGUGGUAACGCAGCGCAUAAAUCGCUCACAACUGAAAAAGUUGAAAGCACUGAGCGCCGAGCUGUCGAUCAAUCAAAUUGAGAUGAAAGCACGCGAAUGCAUCAUUGACGAGUUCAAAGAGACGCUGAAGAAAACGAAGCAGCAACAAAACUGUGAAGAAGAAACCGUCACACAACCCACACAGUCCGCAGUUUCGAGUACCGUAGUGCCAUACGCUUAUUCCAGCCAGGAUAAUUAUAUGGACUGUAUAUUUAUUGAGACCAGCGAUCCUAGUCAAGACAUGCAGGAGCUCAAGACUGGUUUGACUGUUUAAAAAAGAUGCCGAGUCCAUAAUUUUUUAUGUUUUUAAGUAGAAAUUUCAAUAUUUUAUGUGGUAAGCACAGAUGGGGUUAGACACUUACCUGGUAGACGCAUUUGUUAAAGCAAAAUCCUAACAAAACAUAUGAAAAAUUUACACAGGAAAUGCUAUGAUUUGUUUGAAGAGUUCUUUAGAAAUUCUACAAACAGUCGUAUUGAUAUGGAGGCAUUGAAAUCAUUAUAUGCGUAUAGAUUUUCGACUUCCCAGUAUCAGUUCGAUUUGUUUAUAAGUUUCGGAGAACUUUUUGAAUAAAAAUUUCCACAGUACCGAUGCUGAAAUAUACAUAUAGCUUAUU